CCGGCUUUGCACAGGUGUACCGGCUCCUCCCCUCCAGUCUUGCACAGGUGUACCGGCUCCUCCCCUCCAGUCUUGCACAGGUGUACCGGCUCCUCCCCUUCCGUCUUGCACAGGUGUACUGGCUCCUCCCCUCCAGUCUUGCACAGGCGUACCGGCUCCUCCCCCUCCAGUCUUGCACAGGUGUACUGGCUCCUCCCCUCCAGUCUUGCACAGGUGUACUGGCUCCUCCCCUCCAGCCUUGCACAGGUGUACCUGCUCCUCCCCUUCAGUCUUGCACAGGUGUACUGGCUCCUCCCUUUCAGCCUUGCAAAGGUGUACCUGCUCCUCCCCUCCAGUCUUGCACAGGUGUACCGGCUCCUCCCCUCCAGUCUUGCACAGGUGUACCUGCUCCUCCCCUCCACUCUUGCACAGUCUUGCCCUUGUGAAAGGAGACUUUCAGAUUCCAAUAAG